UCAGUUCACACCUGUCAGCUGUACAUUUUGCUGUCACUAUAAUCCUGUUUUUUUUUCUACUAUUUUUCCGUGAAUUGUUUUAAAGUUUGUUAAUAUAAAUUAAUACUUUAAAAUGCAAAGAGAAGCUCUGAAAUCUUAUGAAAUUCUAAUAAUUAGCAUGUAACGAGUUUGCUGUGUAACUUUAGUGUUUUAAAAAGGGUCUACUAAAGAAAGGUCUUCAAGAUGAUGGCAGGAAAAGUAAUGGAAACUGAAGAGCAGAAUAGGAUAAGAUUUCAAGUGGAGCUAGAAUUCGUACAGUGUCUAGCUAAUCCAAACUACAUUCACUUUCUGGCACAACGAGGCUAUCUGAAAGAACAGCCAUUCAUCAAUUACCUUAAGUAUCUACAAUAUUGGCGUGAACCGGAGUAUGCUCGUUUCCUCAAAUAUCCAAUGUGCUUGCAUUUUCUUGAACUCCUACAGCAUGAAGCUUUUAGAAGAGAAUGUGUUUCAGCACAGGUGUGUAAAUUUAUGGAUGACCAAGCUAUAUUAUUGUGGCAACACUACACGCGGCGGCGAACACGGACACUUCAACCUCCAGAUGCUCCCGCUGCCCCUGCACCGCCCGCACCACCACAACAAGGUCCUCCAAGACAACAAUCUUGAGCAGUGAAUAAAGUGAAUAAAGUGGUCGUAAUCGUGUCCAUGAAACAGUGGUUAAGAGACUUUACAAAACCAAAAGUGAAAAAAAAAAGCCUGUGAUAUUGCAUUUAUAUAUUUAUAAAUUCAAUUACUGAGCUGUAAAAAUGUAGACUAAUGAUAACUCUAUUGUGUUUACAGUUAAAUUAUUUUGUAUUGUCUUCCUGUACAGUUUUCAAGUCUGAUUUCUAAAUAUAAUUGUCCACAUGAAGCAGCACUGCCAGUAUGGACUCACUCAAGGGGAGUGCUUUGCUUGGGAGAAUUUUGUAAAGUUUAAAAGGGGCAUCAGUACUUUUUGGUCUUUGAAAUUUUCUCAAGAGGCAGCCACCAUUUUCUGGCUAUUAAAUUUAACUUAAUAAUUUUUACGAAUUAUAUUUUGUUUGUUUGUUUUCUAUGUUACACCGUUUGCGGGUGAACCACGGCUCGACAUGGAUCUUAUUUAUAAACUUUCAAAGGUUUCACAGCUAAACCGAUCGUGGUGAAAUUUUGCAUAAAUAUAACUUUCAUCAUCGAGAUGAAAGUAGAAAUUUAUCCCUAAAAGACUAAAAACGCGUACGGAGUUGCGGGCAACAGUUUAGAGUAAAAUAAAAUAAAAUUAGCAUUAAAUACAUAGAUAUAAGCACUUGACAAUUA